GGCCGCCGGACACGCGGCCGGGGCGACGCGCGGAGCUGCGGGUUCCGCAUCCCCUUCCUGCCGGAUCGCGCGUGGAGCGCGCUGCCCGUAAUCCGCCGGGACGCGCCACCGGUGGGGCUCUUUCUCCCGGGACUCCCAUUCUGCUGUUUGGCCGCAGACUGGCUUUCACCCCGGCUCGGCUUUCGUCGCUCUUCAGCCUGGACUUCGGAGCUGCGCGCCGCGGGAGCGGGCGGUCAAGCGCCGGGAUUUUCCUGUUCCCAGCAAACUUCGGGACUUGCUGUCGCUGAGAUCCCGCGAGGGGCGAGGAGCCCGUCCCGCCCGCGGCCGCGGUCCCGGCGAGGGUCCCCAGCGGAGCGGCCGCGGCGUGGUUGGGAAGGACCCACGCUCGCUGAUGCCCGCAGAUGUUAGCGGUGGGACAGAUGGAUGCUAAUCGCCAGAGCGCAUUCGUCCUUAGCAGUGCGCCGCUCGCCGCGCUGCACAACAUGGCCGAGAUGAAGACCUCCCUGUUCCCCUACGCCCUGCAGAACCCCUCCGGUUUCAAGGCACCGGCCCUGGGCGGACUCAACACGCAGCUCCCCUUGGGGACACCGCACGGAAUAAGCGACAUCCUGGGGCGGCCCGUGGGCAGUGCCAGCAACCUUCUGGGCGGGCUGCCCCGCAUCAAUGGGCUGGCAGCCUCAGCCGGGAUGUACUUCAGCCCCGCUGCCGUCUCCCGCUACCCGAAGCCUCUGGCGGAGCUGCCGGGACGGCCGCCCAUUUUCUGGCCGGGAGUGGUGCAAGGCUCUCCCUGGAGAGAUCCUCGGCUCGCCUGUCCCGCUCAGACGGGGAUGGUUUUGGACAAGGACGGUAAGAAGAAACACUCUCGACCGACUUUCUCUGGGCAGCAGAUAUUCGCUUUAGAGAAAACCUUCGAACAGACGAAAUACUUGGCAGGACCGGAGCGCGCCCGGCUCGCCUACUCCCUGGGGAUGACUGAGAGCCAGGUGAAGGUUUGGUUCCAGAACAGACGGACCAAGUGGCGGAAGAGACACGCAGCAGAGAUGGCCUCGGCAAAGAAGAAGCACGACUCGGAGACAGAGAAGCUGAAGGAAAGCUCAGACAAUGAGGACGAUGACGAAUACAACAAGCCCCUGGACCCCAACUCAGACGAUGAAAAAAUCACGAGGCUAUUGAAAAAGCACAAAUCCACAAACCUGUCCCUUGUCAGCCCCUGCAGCACCAGCUCAGAUACGCUGUGAGGGCGCUGGGCCGACGGCCGCACCGGGCAGCGCGGCAGGGGUGAGUGUAACUGGGUGUUUGAAGUGGUGUGUUGUACAGCCUAAGAUGUAUGUGAAAUGUAUAUAUUUUUUACAGAAUAAGUUAUGAAUUUAUUUUCUUUCUCAUCGAUGUAAAUUUCAGAGAAAUUUUUUCAACUUUUUGGGUUUUGUGUCCCUGUAAGGUUUCCUGCUCUUUCCUUUAGCCUUCCUGUUAAUUUCCUGCUCCUAACAAUCAGGUUUUCUUACGUUUUCUAUGGGUCCCAAGUCUGAGCUCAGCCACUUUGUAUAUAGCAAUUUCAGAUUUUGUGAUGUAUAUUUCUAGUGUAAAAACGGCAGUUUUCUUUCAUUCCGUCCCCUCAGCAUUUUGGCAGUUUCAUUUCUCCUGCCUCUGGAUUUUAUGCUUAAUAAUACCAAAAAACCAAACCAAUGCCCAAAAAAAGCACGAGAGGAAAAUGGACACUUGAUUUUACAUUAGAAUGUCUCCACAUGUGUUGGAAAGACUUUGUAUAAAUCAAUAAAUUAUUUAACAACCUC